CGACCGAGAAGCGGAAUGUCAACAACGCGGCCCCUCCUCGGAAUGCGACGAGUCACCGAGCUAGCGUGCGCGGAGCAGCCGGGCGGCAGGCUCCCCGCGGCGGGCAGGCAGCAGCCGCCGGAGGACGGUGCCACCGUGGACGAAUUCACGGUCCCGGAGGAGAAGGAAGACGAGCUGAAGUGCGCCAGGCCCCGGGUGGAGCAGGUCUUCAAAGUGACGUUCACCAUCAUCGGGCUGCUGGACCACACGGGACAGCCGCACGGCAGCAAGACCUCCCGGCAGAUAUGGCUGCAGCUCCGGGGGAACCGGGACGACGUGUCCAAGGCGAAGGAAUAUGUGCGAGGACUUUGUGACCCAGAGCUGAAGAAAGAGGAGCGCUACCCGGUGGACAUGCACUGUAUCUUUGCUGGGGCCCGCGGCCUCUUCCUGGACCGGCUCGUACGGGACACGAGUGCCGAGGUCCAGGUGCUGGAGCCGGGUCGCCUGCGGCUGGUGGGCCAGGCCGAGCCUGUUGUGAUGGCGCAGAGCAGAGUUCAGCAGUUUGUAGCACUAUUCCAGGAGAAGCGGAGUCUACCCGGUGACAGAGAGCCUUCGGUGAAACGAGCGUUCAAAUCCUUCGUUGAGGAACAAGAUGAUAAAUACACCAUGGAGCUUCUUCUGCUGCCCAGUGCCCUGAAGGAAGAGUUACUGGGACUGGCUCACAGCCCCACCAGCACAAACACAUCCUCACUGACUCUGCAUCUCAGCACGGCCGAGGUCGACCAGGACCGCUCGCAGAGCAACACGCCAGUGACGGAGCUCUCCAACCGCAUCUUGGACACCAGCUUUGAAGAGAGAGGGGCCACGGUGGGAUCUGUGGGCGGAGCCGGGAAAGCGGGAGCAGGGAUAGGUUUAGUUGCAGACACCGUCCUGCUCAACGGCACUCGGCCCUCACACAAGCGGCGCUCGUCUGAGAGCGAGACUCGGGACACAAAGAGACAAUACUCUCUGGAGCGGAGAGACGAGUCGCCAGAGAGAGCGAGAGAGCGACAGAGGGACAGAGAGGGCCAGGGAGCGGGUAGCAGCUGUAGAUCCAAAACGCCCUCUGCCUCAUCGUCUCUCUCCUCCUCUGCUAAAGCAAACACAGUCGGGCCGAUCAUGCCUGACGCCGCUGAAGGCAUCUCAGACGAGGGGGAGGCAGUCAGCCCAGAAACCAACCUCCGCUGCCUGGUCAAUUUCUUCAGGACCAUGGGUUACCAGCAGGAAGUGGUGGAGCGAAUUGUCAAGGAGACAGGACAGACGGAGGACACCUUCCUCGUCCUGGAGAAGAUCGUUGAGGAGACCAAGCGCUGUGAGGAGGGCUCAAAAGGAGGCGACAAAGAGAGACGGCCCACCUCCAUAGGCUCCUCAGACACGGCGUCCUCCUCAUCCUCGUCCUCCUCGUCCUCCACAGUCUCUCGUCUCAGAGACAAGGAGCUCAGCAGAGCGCUGGUCGACCCAGGCAGGUCUAAAGAGAACAUUAAGCCCAACCAGCCCGGGAGCAGCAGCAGUAAUGGGAUGGGCCACCGGAGGCAGUGCAGCGGCAGCGAGGCGAGCACUCAGCAGGCGAUCACAAUCAAGAGGAGCUCCAGUGCUCAAGGAGGAGCAGGAAACUAUGAGGUCAUUACCAUUGUCGACGACGAUGAUGUCAUCUUCUCCGAUACCAAACCAGCAGACGGCAGUAUGUCCCGUUUGUUCGCGGCACAACUCGACACCCACUCGGGAUCCAGAACCGACUACCUGGCUCGGGGCGUGGGCGGCGGGAGUGGCGUCCCUCAGAGGGACUACCUGUCCCGGGGCGGGGCUCAGACUUUGGGAGGAUCGGUGAAGGUCGAGAGUGUGACGGCACUGCGCAGCACGCCUCAGUGGCUGGCGGCCACCACCAGCUCCCUGGCCUCGACUCCCAGUUCGGCUCAGUCCAUCAACCGCCCCUCGGCCUUCCCCUAUCAGACCAUCGGCCACAUGGGUUUUCACGGGGGCUUGGCCAAGAGCCCUCCUGCCAACGACCCCCCCGCACCUCCAGUCACCGGUCUGGGUCGUUUUCAUCAGUCGCUGAGGACGCCCUACACCCUGAAGCUGCCGAAUGAGCCGGGGCGUCCAGAGCUCAGACACAUUAUCAUCGAUGGCAGCAAUGUGGCUAUGGCUCACGGCCUCCAUCGGUUCUUCUCCUGUCGAGGCAUCGCCCUGGCUGUGGAGACGUUUUGGAGGCGGGGCCACAGAGAGAUCACGGUGUUUGUCCCCCAGUGGCGUCAGAAGAGAGACCGAUUCACAACAGAGCAACAUUUUCUAAACCAGCUGGAGGACCUGAGGCUGCUCUCCUUCACGCCGUCCAGAGAGGUCUGUGGUCAGAGGAUUUGCUCUCACGAUGACAGGUUCCUGCUUCACCUCGCGGAAAAGACAGAUGGGAUCAUUGUCACCAACGACAACCUGAGGGACUUUGUGGACACGUCGGACACCUGGCGGAGGAUCAUUCAAGAGAGGCUGCUUCAGUUCACGUUUGUGGAGGACCUCUUCAUGAUCCCUGACGACCCUCUGGGUAAAAACGGACCUCACCUGGACGUCUUCCUGCGAAAAGACAACAGGAGAGCUGCAGCCACCCCGCCCCCUCAGAGACCCUCAGACCUGCGGCCGACCAGCCAGCAGCAGCAGCCGGUCUACGUCCAGGCCCUGCACUCCGCUCCUCGCCCCCCCUCCUCCAUACCCCGGCCCCCUGCCUCCCUGAUGGCCCACCCCCCAGCGCACUGGCCCCACUCCGGUCCCCCUGAAUGGCACCCACCACGCCAACCCCCCUCCCCGUCACCCUCGCCUCCGCCCCAGCGGUCCCCGGGCGAGACCUCGGAGCUGAAGAGGAAGCUGUACGACAUCUUCCCCGACCAGAAGCAGCGGAUCGACCGCAUCCUCAGCGACAACCCGUACAUGAGAGACCUGAACGCCCUGUCUGGGCUGCUGCUGGGAUAAAUGACUGUGCAGUGAGAAUCACACACAACGGAUCACUCACCCGCAAGGACAUGCGCUCAUGUGUCAGCCUGAAUAUAAUUUAUUUUGCCAUCAUCCAGCCUGGAGGACAGUUCUUUUUAUAUUAUUAUUUCACAUUAAGCUUGAUCAUCAAACUAGCUGCUACUGGCAAAGAGUGUUUUGGGGGAUUUGUUUUUCCUUUUUCUCUCUCUCUCCUUCCUCCUUUGCUUUCCACUCGAUCCACAAGAACCACACCGAAGGAUCAAAAGUGUUAAUUCACCAUCGUUGUCAAGCUGCAAAAUCCAAAUCCUGAGGUUCCAUGAAUGUGGGACGAUCACCAGGAGGAAAUGUUGUGGACCAAAAGUGGUGACCUGGUCUCGUGGGUCAGCUUCUUUCUCCAGAACCUCAUUAAACCAUCAGGCUUCCGACACCCCAGUCUCAGAGCUUUAUCUCCAUCAGAUCAUCGACACUCGCAGGUUUUUGCAUGUUUUCAACACAGGACGUCCGCUCACACUGUCGGGCAGCAGCAGGGUAUUGAAGUUGACGUGAGGGAACCAUGUUAGAAGUUCAAGGGUUCAUCAUCAAAGAGGGAAAUGUUUAAAAGUACCGCGCUUAAAACUUAAUCUCCUCCACGACGCCUUUACUGGUUCAGUUCAACGAGGAGUCAGCGGUGGCGUCCUUUAUCAGAGAGAUGAUGAGAUCAUUAGCUUUACCUACAAAUAAUAAUUUGUGUAAUUUCGGGACAGAAUUCCCAGAAGCAACUUUGAUUACAAAAGCAGAAUAAUUACAUAUAAUCUAACUAAAGAAACGCACCUAGGCUUGUUAUGGGCCGUUAUUUUGAGGCUGUAUAGAUGGGUAGUAACAGCAACCUGUAUUUUUUUAUAUAGAUUAUUAUUAUUAUUAUUAUUAUUUCCGAAAUGGCUCACUUAUUGUACAUAUCCAGUUUAUUGAAUCACUGCCCAUCUCUACGCCCUCCGACUGUUUCCUGUAUUUUCUGACCGGGCUCAAUCUAAAUUAAGCUUUUAUUAUCUCCUCCCUCCUCAGUCAGUGACACAAACUUUUUUAAGAGACCAUUUCUUCUUCUCAGUGAGGAAUUUGCUUUUUAAAUUGUUCUCUCGCUUAUAGGUGACAUUUUUUUUUCGGCCAGACAAUUGUUAUUUAGAGAAACUUUCUCAAUAUUCAGAUGAAAUGUUCGAUACAUUUGAGAAAUCAGCUCACCAGAGACAUAUUCUCUCGUUAAACCUGAAGUUUGAAGCCGAACUCAGGCGCUGAGUCUUCAGUUCCUGUUUCUGAACAUCGCUUCAACGAGAGUUUGAGUUCAAGUUCAAUUACAGAGUGAGUUGUUCAGGUUUGAGUCGCCAUCCAACCGUGUUUCCAGGAGGAUGCAGUUACUAGUUCUUCAUCAGCGUUUUGUUUAACGAGAUACUUUGCAAGUUAUUGGUCUUUACACACUUGUGCUUCUGACCCUGGAAGGAAACAAACACUACAAGAGUUUGGAUUUAAUCAGUUUUGUUGAUUGAAUGAAACGGCCCCUUUUUUAAAAGAGUUUUCGGUUUCUCAGUCCAAAAUCCAGCAAACACCGUAUUUUUUAUUUUAACUUGCAUUUGUAAUUAGUGUUAAUAGCUGAAUUCAAACCACUGAAGGUAAAAGACGAUGUCGUGAGUUUAACACUGUGCCAUUGACGAAUCCUCCGAGAGCUUGUGUUGUUUUUUUCUACCCUCUCCCACCCGGAGAACCUGGAGCUGCAGCAGCUGAGUUUUGUAUAAUACAAACACUUUAUCUCCUUGUAAAGAAUAAUCUGCACAAAUCUUCACAAGGUGUCAAACGGUUCUGUUCAUACUUUGUUGUUGUUGUGAGAAAUCACUGAAGGACUUUUAUUACUAUAUUUCUUAGGUGUAUAUUCAUUUCUUCUUUUUUUUUUGUAAAUACAAGCAUUUUUUUGGCUACAGUGCACAUAUAGUUUUAUGUAUGUGGAAAAUAAAACUCAAUAAAAACGCAGCAGUUCCCAUAAAGUCAUGUUUGCAUGGUUGGACAGUGUUGACUGUUUCUCCUCCUGUUCUGUCACCUACAGCGUUUCACCUCUUGUUUUCAUGGAGUCAGUUUUUUGUGGGGCGACGUUACUGUGAUGGCCAAAAAUUUUGUAUAAAGUAUUAAAACGAACACUUAAAACAU